CCUCCCGUCUCCCCCUCCUCCCACCCCCACCAUCGCCGCUCCCCGGCGGGCGCUGCCCUAAUCGGAUCCAACUAUGAUAUCCGAGACGCAGUGCCCCCCGUUCCGGCGAUAUCCCCCAAUUACUCUCGUCCCAGAGCGCGAUGGCGAGAUCUGGCGGCAAGCGAGGCGUGAUGGAGCACCACUGCCUGGACCGAUUCCGCCGCCGGCGACUCCUCGCCUUUCUCCGCCGCAACAACCUUCCCGCCACCUUCGACGCGCUGAAGCACGAGACGCGCGUCUUUCUCGAUCUGCGGUUCCUGCGGCGCCUGGUGGCGGACGGCCGGUGGCAGGAGGCGCGAGAGUACUUCAGCCGCUUCCUGCCGUGCCGGGAUGAGGUCGACGCGCACACCGCGCUCAGAUUCAUCACUCGCCUCGGCGUUCUCGACGACAUGGCCCAGGGGAAGCUGGGGUGCAUCGAUGCUGCCGACGAUCUCCGGACCCAACUCGAGUCUUACCCUUCCAGCAUGAUCGAGGCCGACCCGCACUACGCCGAUGCUGUCUGCGCAAUCUUAUACAAUGGCUCUCACCCGGCUUACUGGGAUCCCGUGGACUGGCGGCUCAUUAGGCUCAAAGCCGCACAGGUUGUCAAGGACUUGGUCACGCGAACCACUGAGUUCAGGCAUCUGCUGCGGUUGCCGCGGUGUCCAAGCCACCCAUGUCACACAAUCCCCUUCGGGUUUAGGGGUUGCCGGAGGCAUAAGAGGAAGAAGAACAUAGGCCGCAUGUCGGCAUCUCUUCUUGCCCGCCGUUUUCUUCAGAAAGAGAGGCGUCCUUCCUCACCAUGCACUCAAGGUUUCUCACUUAGCCAUUGCUUAUCGUGUGAACCUAUGGAUUUGGAGGAAAUUAUUGAUGAAACUUUGCUAGCUGGGAAGCAGGAGGUCAAAGAACAUUCAGAUUCUUGCAGUGAAGGCAUUCCAACAGUACCUGCUAAUGCAGUCACAAAGUGUUUGAGUCAAGAAUGUUCCGCUGAAAGUGCCAAUUGCGCAAAACUAAAACCUACAACUAGGGAGUUUUGUCCGGAUGUCGUCAAUGCAGUGGACGCUGAUCAUGUUUUAAAUAAAGUAAGGGCCCUGGGAGACAUUUCAAAUGCCAUGAUCAUGCUGGUGAAGUACACAUCCACACAUGGUCCAGAUCCCAGGAUGUUCGUGGAGAAAUUAAUGGAGCAGGAGAAGCUGCUAUUCGAACUGCGAUUAGAUUGCGUAAAUGCAAUGAUAAGAGGUUGUAGUACUUCUUCAUUCGCAACUUGAGCACCCGGCAGAACCUGAAACUCUUACCCGCUGCAUUUAUUGAUGUGCCUCCCUCCGUACCUCUAGUUAGAUACAUCCAUUCGAGUGACAUGACAAAUAAUUCCGGACGGAGAAAGUACAAGUUAUAGCAUAUUGGUUUCUCUCUAAUGCUCUACCAGAAAAGGGCUAUAGUGUUUUC